AUGCUCACCGGUCAUGAUAUUCAGUUCGUUUGCCGUGAGGUGGUGACGGUGUGCUCGACAUCGCCGCGGUGCCUGGUCGUCUACCCGCUCGGAAAGAAGAGUAAGCAGCGCGUGGGGGUUACCGCGAAGAAUGGCACGAUGUCGGUCUUUUCCAUUGGGAAGGGGACAGAGCGCGUGGCGGUGUUUGACACCGCCCCCCAGAGCAAACCCGUCAGUUGCGCGACCUUGUACGAGGACCAGCUGUUUUUCGUGUACGGCAGCACGCUCGACGCCUACUCACGGAAGGGCAGACGUUUCUUCUCCUUUGACACCAACGUGACGGAGGUCAUUCACACACUCUUUGUCUCCACCCCAUUCAUCAUUUGCUGCGGCAGUUUUAUGGCGACCGGGUUUAGGGAGGCGAACGAACUCGGUUUCUACAUGGCACCAGAUCGCAUCAAUGCCAUGGUGUCAUGCGUUUCCGCCGCCGCGGUGAAUGUGGCGGAGCGCAGCUUUGACGACUACCGGUGUAUUCUUGGCUGCAACGACCGCACCAUUCGUAUGCUGCAGGGGCACAAAUCUAUAGAGGAGGUGCAUUGUGAGGCGUCUGUGACGUCUUUGGGCAUCAGCGAGGGAACUCGCAGGGUGUACUAUGGGACAGGUGCAGGGUCGCUGGGCUGUCUGGAGUUGAAGGACAGGGACACAUCCCUCUCACGCGUCUUUAGUUUAAUUCCCGAGGAACGCCAGGCUGCUGUCACUGCUUUGGCUGUGUACGACAUCAACCUGGACGAGAAAGAAGAGCUGCUGGUGGGUCACCAGGACGGCACGGUGCAGAUCUUCUACAUUCACGUCGAGGAGGGGAUUGAUCGUAGUUACCCCAUUUGCAUCUGGUCGGGAAGUACGGAUGAGAGUGUUCUUUCCAUCGCCGCCGGCUUCAUUACACAUGCCUGCCGCCCAGACAUGCUGGUGCACUCUUUCAGUGGAACUGUUACUGCCUUUACACUACAGGUGAUGGAUCGCAUUGCACCGGAGGAGGCUGCGUCUGAUAACGCCGGACUGGAAAUCGCAGCUGCUCAAAUUAGCGAGGUAAGCAGGGACAUUGACGCCCUCAAGAAAUCAAUCGUGACCCAAACGCAGGAGCUGGCAAGGUGCAGUGGAGUGACAAAAAAUGGCACGCCAUUGCUGGCCGUCUCCUCCACCUUCAAGACCAAAGUGACGCUAUCGCAACAGAAAGACGACCCCGCACUACGACUUCUGGUGGAGGUAGACACCCCGCUGGACUGCGUGGUGCUCCAGAGUGAGGUUCAGCUGCAUUUUUUAGACAAGGAUUCUGCAGAGGUCAUUGUACAAGAGGCAAUACCACGAAACAACCCCUCCAUGAAAUCACUCGCCAUUGUGCGACCCUUGGAGACACGAAGGUACAGCUGCUCUGUUACCUUCUGGGUGGAGGAUGGUCACUGGGGGAUGGUGAGCGUAACCGCACUGGCAGUCCCCGCCCCCCGCACUGCACAGGUGAAGAUGGUGCAGCUGCGGCCAUUACCUCUGUACGAGCGUGUAGGCAAAGUCGAUGAAGUGAUGACAGGAGAAGAAGGUCCCGCCGCGCUUUCUACGAUGGAGGUGCAGGGAAAAUUUAGCGCCAGAGACAUGCAUAGUUGGAUAUUUAAAUUGCUGCCUGGAACCCCCGAGAUUUAUCAAGAGAAAAUGUCAUCAUUGAGCUACGAGGACACAUUUUUUCACCACAAACUAGGGGUCAAAUACGGAGACAGGUACGCGUUGUUCACUACCGGCUCCUUGCAGACCUUGGCUGUCACAAAACGGUUUAUUAGUUACUGCGCCUCCGAGCGCUCGAUCGAGGUGGAUUUCACUGUGAACGUUCAUGGCAAGGCGGUACGGUUUAACCUCUCCCGCAUUGUGCCAUGCAUUACGGCGUGCAACACGGGAUUGCAAAGUCUCCGCCUCCUGGAAGCCCUUCAGGAGCUGCAGGGGGACCAGCAAACGGCUGUGACGUGCUUCCCCAAGGAACAUCAGCAGUUACUCGAGAAGGCGGACGCGGUGAAAAAGGCGCAUCCGCAGGCCGUUUUCACAAUGGGUUACCUGCAGAGCUCACUGCUCUCUCUCUACGGCAGCGUGGUUGAAUUUGUGCCGACCACGCCCAAGAUGAGUUCUGCUACGAAGGAGGCCUUGCUGGCUGCCGCCUGCCACGGCACUGCCUCGGAAAUAACGUCGGAGCUAGAGCGGCUCUUUCUGUGUGAUGAUGAGAGCGUAGCGCAGUGA